AUGAAACCAAAGAAAGACACAGUGAUGAUGAAAACACCGUGGAUUCGAGAAACUGACGACGAAACUCUUGAUGGACGUCGAGAAAAUGCAUACAAAUGGGUAAUUUCAAUGGCCAGCAUUCUCAGCUUAAUGAGUAUGCUAACAGUCUGCAUCUGCUUACCGUACAUGUACAACUAUUUUGACAGCGUAUCAACUUUUACUUAUCAAGAUUUUGAGUAUUGCAAGACUACAACUGCGCAAAUGGAACUGCAACUGAAUAGUCUUAAAGUAGUAGGAGGACGUAACCGAACUAAACGCGAGUACAAUUCCUAUGGAUCUCAUUUCUAUGGUAAUAGCGGACCAACUAUCUUCCAGGAAUGUCCUGCUUGCUGUGUUCCUGGCGAAAGAGGACCACCCGGUGUGACCGGACUGCCAGGAUUGCCGGGAAGUCCAGGACCAGACGGAGCUAAGGGACGACCAGGAGUGACACCAAAUGCUUCGUGCAUACCAGAAAGAAUCUUUGAACCACCACCAUGUUUGCCAUGCCCACAGGGUCCAAGAGGAGUACCGGGACAUCCAGGUUUUCCAGGUGACCCAGGAGACUCAGGAAUACCAGGUCGACCUGGUGCUGAUGGUCUUCCGGGUCUGAAAGGUGAAGAUGGUCCACCAGGAGAACCUGGACCAAUUGGUCCUCCAGGUCCACCUGGUGAGAAAGGUUUAACUCCACAAGCUCGCGUCAUUCCUGGUCCACCAGGUGAUCCUGGAGAUAUGGGAGCUUGGGGACCUCCAGGACAUCCGGGAGCCAGUGGUGAAGACGGUUACCCUGGUCCACCAGGAGAAAAGGGCUGGCCAGGUCCACCAGGUCCACCAGGUUUACCAGGACCUUUGGGUAGUCCGGGUCCACUUGGCGAAAUGGGUCCAAUAGGUAAUCCGGGAACUUGCGUCUGUCAAGAUACCGAAGUUGUUAUUGAUGAUAUGCAUGGGCAAAAACCUCAUAUGCCAUCAAUAGACGUUUCAGCUAAUACCGAAAAACUGAAAAGAAAACUUAGAACUUAA